AUGUUGAAGUUUUUAUACAUGGAAAAUUUCAAAUAUCAUAUACUUUGCGAUUCUGUGUCCGCUUUCAAACAAACCAAUGGUUCAGUGGUUUACGGGUCGCUGUCAUAUAGUACUGAUCGUCGAGUAUUUCAAUUAGGAAGUGAUUCCGACAUAGAAGGGAAACUUUUGGCGAGAUUUACAAUCCACACGACGACUGUGCCGUUCAUCUGGAAUAACACCACUUAUUAUGACUGCAGAGGAGCAGAGAUGGAUGGCUUGAUGUCUCAGAUCUACAACACGUCGGUCUUUAUGCUGACGUUUGCCUUUCCACUACUCAUACAAACCUUCUCUUACUUCUCGAUUGGAAGAAAGCUAUUGAAAGACAAAGUGAUUAAUAAAUUCAACCGCGAGUCCUUCUUGUCGCCUGUGCUCUCCCUGUCUCGCUUCCAUAUGGUGAAAAAAAUCAUCCGGAUGUUGAUUGCAGUGGUGAUUGUGUUCAGUAUUACAACCAAAGUUUCAGAAUGUUGUCUGGAAUUUCUGGAAUCACUUCUUGUGGUCAACAAAACCCACGAAACAUAUCAACCGAAUCAGUCAUUCGAGAAACACAGAGAAAUUAAGUUGGCGCUCAGGAAGAACAGCGGACACGAGAGGGACAGAGCGAAGAUCAUCCGGAUGUUGAUUGCAGUGGUGAUUGUGUUCAUUUCAGAGCUGAUUUCAAAGAUGUUGUCUGGAAUUUCUGGAAUCACUUCUUGUGGUCAACAAAACCCACGAAACAUAUCAACCGAAUCAGUCAUUCGAGAAACACAGAGAAAACUAUUGUCCAGUUUUGAAGCCAAACAACAAAAUGAGACAUUUAUGGAGCAAAUUGUGAUCAAAAUAAAUCUUUAA